GUUCACUUCCUGGUUGUGGCUGCAGGAAGAGGCAAGUUCAGAGGCACCGACACUGAGUAUGAGACUGUGCUGAGGGGGGGAUGUGGUGAAUGAAGCCAGGCCACCCUUUGCCUGUGUGUGUGUGUGUGUGAUGGGGUGGCAGUGGGUGAGCCCCUGAAACUCUGGCAAAAGUCAGGAUUUUGCUUUCUAGCUCUCUCGCCCUGGGUGCUUUCUCUUUCACAGACUCCAUGCCACAUCUCAAAAGGUCCAGGUUAUGAGACAGUAGAUUUCCAGACCUGUGGAGGGACAGAAGCCCAGCUUACUUCUGUGUCCUUCACUGCGGAAAAUUCUACCUACUUCAUCUCUGCCUCUAAUCUGACAUUGGAGCUUUUCAGGAAGGGCCAUGGCCUCAGCCACAGCUACCAAGAAGAUGAGGGAGGAAGCCACGUGCUCCAUCUGCUUGGAGCUGAUGACAGGGCCCAUGAGCAUCAACUGUGGGCACAGCUUCUGCCGCCAGUGCAUAGAGGGCACCCUUGAGAACCCACAAGGGACUUCAUCCCUGAGGGAGUCCCAAUGUCCCCUGUGCCGGGCACCAUUUCAAAGGGACAGUCUCCGAUCCAACAAGCAACUGGAAAACCUCAUUCAGACUGUCAAGGAGAUAGACAGUGAGAGGCUGUGUGAGGAACAUGGAGAGCGGCUCCACCUGUUCUGUGAGGAUGACGGGCAGCUCAUCUGCUGGCGCUGUGAGCGCUCCCCCCAGCACAGAGGACAUAUCACAGCUCUUGUUGAGGAUGUAUGUCCAGGCUACAAGGAAAAGCUCCAGAAAGCUGUGACAAAACUGAGGGAACAAGAUGACCAAUGUCAGAGUCUGAGGUUGAUCACACAGAAACAAAUAAGGAAAUGGGAGGAGAAGAUAGAACUCCAGAGAAGGAAAAUCCAGGCUGACUUUGAGAAUCUGCACACCUUCCUCCGUGUUGAGGAGAAGUGUUGUCUGUGGAGACUGGAGAAAGAAAAAGAGCAGACUCUGAAUAUUCUGCAGGACAGUGAGGCAAGUCUGCAAAAGCAGAGCCAGGAACUCAAAAGCCACAUCCGGGAACUAGAGAAAAAAUGUCAGUGCCCAGCCCAGGAUUUGCUGCAGGAUGUGAAAGACACCUUGAGUGGGAGUGCAGCUGUGGAGCUGGAAGUGCCAGAGGCUGUCUCUCUGGAGCUUCACACUGUGUGUAAUGUUCCUGAGCUUUACUUGGAUGUGAAGAAAAUGCUAAAGAGCUACCAAGUCAGCGUGACUCUGGAUGCAGAUACAGCUCAUGUUGGCCUAACUGUGUCUAAGGAUGGAAGACAAGUGGCUUGUGGAGAUGCCCAAAUGAAGCUUAGCAGUUCCAGGAGAUUUUGUGCAUUACCCUGUGUCCUGGGCUGUGAGGGCUUCACCUCUGGAAGGCAUUUCUUUGAGGUGGAUGUGGGAGAAGGAACUCAGUGGGAUGUAGGAGUUUGUCUGGAAAAUGUGUGCCGGGCAUCUGCGAGGAAUCUCAAGUUUCAGUCUGAAGUCUGGGCCAUCAGGCUCUGCAAAGGGAACCAGUAUGCAGCCCUGACCUCGCCCCCAACUUCCCUUUCUCUGAGUGAGCGGCCCCUGGUUGUGGGGGUUUUCCUGGACUGUGAGGCUGGACUUGUGUCCUUUUACAACAUGCCGACUGGCUCCCACAUCUUCACCUUCCCGAAGGCCUCCUUCUCUGAAACUCUCCGACCCUUUUUCCAGGUUUAUCCAUGUUCUCCUCUAUUCCUGCCUCCACCAGAUGAGUAAACAGGAAUUGCCUCUUUCUUGGGAUCAUAGAGAAUGAUACCGUGAUAAUGACAUGAUGAUAUGAUCAAAUACAAUGAAAACCGUGUGAAGUCAGAAAUUUCAUGUGUUCUUCACUUCCAUUUCUCUGUACUCAACUGUGCUGAGCCUCGGUGACUAGGCAAUAAAUCUAUAUUAGGAAUGGACAUCCUCGUUGCAGAGGCUGUGGGGGUGACAGAAGCAUCCUGAGCAACCAUCUACCCCUUCUGCUGUUGCUGUAAAUGAAGGGUGUCCUCUCCUGUGUCUCCCUCCUGUUCAGGACAUGUGGACAGAGUCACAGUUUCCUCCUCCAGGAGUCUGCCCCCAUGUUAGUUUCAUCUCUGAUUGAGAUCAGAGCUCACAUCCUUGUGGCUGCACGGAGUGGCAGCUGGCGAAGACCCCACCCUGAGUGUGUGGCUGUGCCAAGUAGCAUAGGUGUUGAACAACACCAGGCCAAGACAGAAGAUUUCAAGAACUAUGGAGGC